AUGCCGCCCAAGAAAGCGCGCUCAAGUUCUCCCGCGACCGAGCGGCGCGAGCGUCUGACACUGGCCAAACUGGCCAGUUAUGACGACGUCGCAACCGAUGCGCUGGUUGAUCACGCCUACUUUUGGACCACCACGCGCAAGAAUCGCAACAAAUACGGCCCUGCCCGCGGCAUCCACGAUGACGACGUGGGCCACAUCCUCCUACACGAUGUGGUCGUCGCAAAGGACGUUCAGACGGCGGAGCGUAAAUUACUUGAACUGCCUGGUCUUCGGAAAUAUCUAGCCAAUCUCCCCAGCCCUCGAGAGAAGGACUGGUUCCGCCGUCAUCUCCGCAAGUACGUUCAAAUGUACCACCCGGACUGUCCGUUCGAGGUGACGACCACAAAUCGUUACAUUAUCACCCAGCACGAAGCCGCGAUUUGCGCCCGCAAGUUUAUCAAGGCUGGCCAGGAGAUCAAAUAUCUCUCCGGCACCCUCGUCGCCAUGACUAAAGAAGAAGAAAUGGACUUGGGUCUGACCCGCAAGGAUUUCAGCGUGGUCAUGUCUAGCCGCCGUAAGACCCCCUCCUUUUUCCUGGGGCCCGCUCGCUUCGCCAACCACGACUGCGACGCCAAUGGCCGCCUAGUCACUCGCGGGACCGAGGGCAUGUCGGUCAUGGCGACUCGUGACAUUCAUGAAGGAGAAGAAAUCACCGUCUCUUACGGCGAGGAUUAUUUUGGCAUUGACAACUGUGAGUGUCUAUGCAUGACCUGCGAACACGAGGUUCGUAAUGGAUGGUCACCCCAGGUGGAGUCGGAAGAGAAUGACAAGGGGUCUUCUCCAGUUUCGGUCGACGAGGCCGGCCUCGUGGAUGGCGAGUUGGCAAGCAAGAAGCGCCGACGUGAUUCUGAUCAUGACAUGGACGAAACAUCCUCAAUCUGCUCCACUCCGAACAAGCGAGCCAAGUUCCACCGCCAGACCUCCAAGUUGCGCGAGGAGAUCUGCAUGUCCGAGCUCCCUGCUGAAGGAACUGCCACCCCCGAGACCGAAAUGCCUCUCACCCCAGACUCGGACCUCGAUGCUCCGGUCAUCUCUGCUUCUGUUGCAAGUGAGCGGCAGGUCUCUAAACUGCGGCAGGAGAUCAUGGUGACCCAAUCCCCGCCUGAAACAUUGAUCCCAUCUACGGAGAAAACCGAACAAUCACAACAAACCGACAAUGAGUUUGCGGUCAUUGAGACCGAUGCAGUCACUCUAGUUGAUCCCACCACGAUCACUAACCACCCAGCUAAUGGCCCAGUCGACUGCCACUCCCCCAGCUCCACUGACGAAUCCCAUCAAUCGUCAACCUCAAGUCUCCCAACCUCUGUGGAUGACACCGGAAUCAAGGUGAAGAGCGAAGAGCUCGCAGAGUCACGCCAUCCCGACCCUUCCCAAGUUACAGAGGGUCCUCUCGAUAUCCCAAUCACAGGUCAGCCAGAAACAACCAUCUCCCCUCCGCGGAGCCCCACCCCCAGUGAACUCUCAGACUUAUCAGACUCGUUUGAACUAGACGAUACCUUGCAAACCGUUGUUGAGAAGAAACGAAAGCCCCGUCGCAAGCGCAACUGGGCUAUCGUCUCCUCAGUUGAGACAGAAGUACCCAUCACUCGAUCACCCGGCGACUACACCAAGACUUCACGACUACUGGCCCAAAAGUACGAUCGUUGGGUCGACUGUCAAACCUGCGAGUCAUGGUUUGUACAGUCCAACUCUUAUCAGACACGUCGCGAGUGUCCACGAUGCGAGCGACACUCCAAAAUCUACGGAUUCCAAUGGCCCAAGACCGACAAGGGCGCCGACCGUCAGGAGCGAGUCAUGGAUCACCGCACCAUCCAUCGCUUCUUGUCUCCUGAUUCUGAAGCACGUGUCUCCCGCCGAGACCGGGGCAUCAGUUUCGGCGUCACGCCUACACCAGAGCUCUCGGAUGCGCGCACCGAGACGCCAGCUAGUGAUGCCAAUGAGUCCCGUCGUACGACCCGGGCUAGUCGCCGACGGACUCGGGACUUUCGAAUGACUAUGUAA